GGGCAUCGGCGCAAUAGGGCCGAUGUCUCUCCCAUAUCCCACCGAGGCUGGCGCCAUCGGGAGUGCUCAGCCCAGGGUUACGAACUUACCAGCGCCCUCCCAAUCCACCAGAUUAAUGGAAAAAAAACACCACAUGGUCUCGGUGUGUCCCCAAAAUACUCAUCCCCCAUUUCAGUCACACGUCGCGACCUUGAUACUUCAAGCGCAUAAUCGAUGCCUGUCGGCCCUGUCGGCCUGAGCCUGCCCCCCCUAACACCUCCCUCACCGAGACGCUAGCUCCCGUCACCCCAAGUCACCGAUGCGGUGCGCACGUCGGCCUCUACGCGAUGUCGAUGCUCGACAUCCGCCAGGCUAAGUCCAGCCCUAGCACUGCAGAGCGGAAAUCUCUACAGCUAGCCCCCGGCGCGCCGUCGACUCGGCUUGGGGUUCUCGCAGAGCCGGCAAAUCGCGUGCUACUGCUGACCCUACCCUUCGGCGAGCACAGGCACCGCUACAGGCGUCAGCCACCCAUCGCCUCGGGCUCGACACCCUGGAGCCAGCGUGGAAAUGGGGGGGGUUUUAAGGUUCUCACCUGCCAAGAGGUCUACCUCCACGGAGACCCUAUGGCAGCGGCACCUGCCUACAUGUACAUGAUGCAUCGUAGGUUGGCGAGGAGCGCGGUCGGGGGGGGACAAAUCAGGGCUCGAGGCCGGGUCACAGCCGUUACCAAGGAUCUCAGUGAGGUUCGCCAUGUGAGAUCCUGUGAACCGCCCACACAUUCUGGCUUGCUAGGGCUACAUCGCUUGCUUGCAGAUGUACAUUUCUCUCUACUACCACCGCGAGCGAUACCUCCUCGGGAGGCAGGGCUGGGCCAACGAAACAUCAUUGGCCCGAACGGAGCAGACCGGGUCGGCGGCAUGGUCGCGAGGGCAGUAGGUAGGACUUGGCCACGGCCGCGGGUCCCGAUGCUUGCCUGCCAAUUCUCUAGGUAUUACCUACUAUGUUUGAGCAACUAGAGCAGCUCGCUGUCGCCUCCCUCCUCGGACGUUCGUAGCUAGGGUGACAGAUAAGGGGAGGGAAAGGGGGUGGAGGG